CCCUAUGGGAGCUGGUGCUGGAGCAGUUCGAGGACCUUCUGGUGCGCAUCCUGCUGCUGGCCGCCCUCGUCUCCUUUGUCCUGGCCUGCUUCGAGGAGGGCGAGGAGACCAUGACAGCCUUCGUGGAGCCCCUGGUCAUUAUGCUGAUCCUUGUGGCCAAUGCAGUCGUGGGCGUGUGGCAGGAACGCAACGCCGAGAGUGCCAUUGAGGCUCUGAAGGAGUAUGAACCUGAGAUGGGCAAGGUGAUCCGCUCUGGCCGAAGUGGUGUGCAGAGGAUCCGUGCACGGGACAUCGUCCCUGGGGACAUCGUGGAAGUGGCAGUGGGAGACAAAGUGCCUGCUGAUCUCCGCCUCGUUGAGAUCAAGUCCACCACGCUGAGAGUGGACCAGUCCAUCCUGACAGGUGAAUCCGUGUCCGUGACCAAGCACACAGAUGCCAUCCCAGAUCCCAGAGCUGUGAACCAGGACAAGAAGAACCUGCUGUUUUCUGGCACCAACAUCGCAUCUGGGAAGGCAGUGGGUGUGGCAGUGGCCACAGGCCUGAACACGGAGCUGGGUAAGAUCCGGAGCCAGAUGGCGGCUGUGGAGCCAGAGCGGACGCCGUUGCAGCAGAAACUGGAUGAGUUUGGGCGACAGCUGUCCCGUGCCAUCUCCGUGAUCUGCGUGGCCGUGUGGGUCAUCAACAUUGGCCACUUUGCCGACCCAGCACACGGCGGCUCCUGGCUCCGAGGAGCCGUGUACUACUUCAAGAUUGCGGUGGCCCUGGCUGUGGCCGCCAUCCCCGAGGGCCUCCCAGCUGUCAUCACUACAUGCUUGGCGCUGGGCACACGGCGCAUGGCCCGCAAGAACGCCAUUGUACGAAGUCUGCCCUCUGUGGAGACCCUGGGCUGCACCUCGGUCAUCUGCUCCGACAAGACAGGCACUCUCACCACCAAUCAGAUGUCUGUCUGCCGGAUGUUCGUGGUAGCCGAGGCAGAAGCCGGUGCGUGCCGUUUGCACGAGUUCACCAUCUCGGGUACCACCUACGCCCCAGAGGGCGAAGUGCUGCAGGGAGAGCAGCCUGUGCGCUGCGGGCAGUUCGAUGGGCUGGUGGAGCUGGCGACCAUCUGUGCCCUGUGCAACGACUCCGCACUGGACUACAACGAGGCCAAGGGCGUGUAUGAGAAGGUGGGAGAAGCCACAGAGACGGCCCUGACUUGCCUGGUGGAGAAGAUGAACGUGUUCGACACCAACCUGCAGGUCCUAUCCCAAGUGGAACGUGCCGGCGCCUGCAACGCGGUCAUCAGUCAGCUGAUGCGGAAGGAGUUCACCCUGGAGUUCUCCCGGGACCGCAAGUCGAUGUCGGUGUACUGCACGCCUACCCGCCCCGGCCUGGCGGCCCAGGGCAGCAAGAUGUUUGUGAAGGGGGCUCCUGAGAGUGUGAUCGAACGGUGCACCUCAGUCCGAGUAGGGAGCCGCACAGUGCCUCUGAACACCACCUCCAGGGAGCAGAUCCUAGCCAAGAUUCGGGACUGGGGCUCAGGCUCGGACACGCUGCGCUGCCUGGCACUGGCCACCCGGGACGCGCCCCCGAGGAGGGAAGACAUGCAGCUGGAUGACUGCAGCAAGUUUGUACAGUAUGAGACGGACCUGACUUUCGUGGGCUGCGUGGGUAUGCUGGACCCUCCGAGGCCUGAGGUGGCUGCCUGCAUCAAACGCUGCUACCAGGCAGGCAUCCGUGUGGUCAUGAUCACCGGGGACAACAAAGGCACGGCUGUGGCGAUCUGCCGUCGGCUUGGCAUCUUCAAGGACACAGAGGACGUGGUGGGCAAGGCCUACACAGGCCGCGAAUUCGAUGACCUCAGCCCCGAGCAGCAGCGCCACGCCUGUCGCACAGCCCGCUGCUUUGCCCGAGUGGAACCUGCACACAAGUCCCGCAUCGUGGAGUAUUUACAGUCCUUUAACGAGAUCACUGCCAUGACUGGAGAUGGGGUGAACGACGCCCCAGCCCUGAAGAAAGCAGAAAUCGGCAUUGCCAUGGGCUCCGGCACAGCUGUGGCCAAGUCGGCAGCAGAGAUGGUACUGUCAGAUGACAACUUUGCCUCCAUUGUGGCUGCAGUGGAGGAAGGCCGGGCCAUCUACAGCAACAUGAAGCAAUUCAUCCGCUACCUCAUCUCCUCCAAUGUCGGCGAGGUCGUCUGCAUCUUCCUCACGGCAAUUCUGGGCCUGCCUGAAGCCCUCAUCCCUGUGCAGCUGCUCUGGGUGAACCUGGUGACGGAUGGCCUACCUGCCACAGCCCUGGGCUUCAACCCUCCAGACCUGGACAUCAUGGAGAAGCUGCCCCGGAACCCUCGAGAGGCCCUCAUCAGUGGUUGGCUCUUCUUUCGAUAUCUGGCUAUUGGAGUGUACGUUGGACUGGCCACAGUGGCUGCCGCCACCUGGUGGUUCCUGUAUGAUGCUGAAGGACCUCACAUCACCUUCUACCAACUGAGGAACUUCCUGAAGUGCUCUGAGGACAACCCGCUCUUUGCCGGCGUUGACUGCGAGGUUUUCGAGUCCCGCUACCCCACGACCAUGGCCUUGUCUGUGCUGGUGACCAUUGAAAUGUGCAACGCCCUCAACAGCGUCUCAGAGAACCAGUCGCUGCUGCGGAUGCCGCCCUGGCUGAACCCCUGGCUGCUGGCAGCUGUGCUCAUGUCCAUGGCCCUGCACUUCCUCAUCCUGCUCCUGCCGCCCCUGCCCCUCAUUUUCCAGGUGACCCCACUGAGUGGGCGCCAGUGGGUGGUGGUGCUCCAGAUAUCUCUGCCUGUCAUCCUGCUGGAUGAGGCCCUCAAGUACCUGUCCCGGAACCACGUGGAUGUUUUUCUUCCAGAAGAAAAAGACCAGAAGUGAGUGCUGGGAGCAGAGUGGAGUCUCCAGCGUGGACCUCAGACUGAUGGUGCCCAAGCAUCUGCCCCACUCCCCGCCCUGCCACCACGCUGGCCUGCUUGCUCGCUGAGCCCUAUGAGGCUGGAAUGGCCACCCCCAGUCCUGUUCCCACGGUUGUUGUCCCCUCUUCCGUCUGCCUGGGGGCUCUGUACUUCGCGUCUCCAGGACUCUCCUGGAAGUUUGCCCCUAAUGCUCUGGCCUGGGAGGGGCCUGCCCAGAAGCCAGAGCUGGUGGCCCAUCCCAAGACGCAGAACUCUGCACCCCCAAUUCCAGGAGCACCUCUGGAGCCUGCUCUCCCUUGCCGGGAGGCUGGGCAUUUCCUUGGUGACAAGCGUCUCUGUAUUGAAAGAGGACUCCUGGAGGCCACUCUCUUGGGCUGUGACUUCUCGCUCGGUGCCUGGUCUGGGACCUGGUCAGCUGGGGGUAGAAGGGGGACAUCUGGGCCCAGCUGUGCGCAGCAAGGGCAGGCAACCCCCCACGCACUCUGCUCUGCUUCCACAAAGUCGGCUCAUGAGGGCUUAAGCCUAUUUCUGUUUAUAUGUGCAGGGAGUUGAAGGGUCAGAGAGAGACAGGAGUGGGGGAAGGAGGCCAGGCAAGGUUCUCCUUUCCUGGGAGACAGCCAGCCUGCCUGCCUCUGCUUGGCUUACUCCUGGACUCGGGUUCUCCUAAGCAGAUGACGCAUGUCCUCUUGGUGCUGCCUUGUCUACCAAGCAGGGGCUGGAUUUGCCCUCUGCGUGCCUGGCAGCUGAAACCCCAGACAUCCCUGGGUCCCUGACAACUGUGCCCAUGCCCAGCAUCUCAUGAUCUGCACGGCUGGGUGACUCCCAGUCUCUGGACUCUUGGCCUCACUCUUUGCCCCCAACCCCACACAUCGUGAGCAGAAGGGAUGUUGCUUAGGGUGGCUAGUUACACAAGGGCACUUUCCCUCCCUCCUGUCUUGCUGGAGGAACACAUGUCCAUGUGGAUCAUGUCAGAAGAUAGGAAAAGCAUCUGAUUGACAGAAAUGUUCUUUUAACUCAGCUUUUGCCCCUUUGGCAAAAAUUAGUUGUAGAAGAAAGCAGUGAGUAAAUGACUGUGUCCUCUCCCUUCGUA